UCCUCGCCGCGGGCAGCGGGCGGCGGAGGCAGCGCUCCGCGGUCGCCGGGAGCCGGGAGCCCCGGGCGCCCGCUCCUCGGCGCAGCAUGUUCCAGCCGGCGCCCAAGCGCUGCUUCACCAUCGAGUCGCUGGUGGCCAAGGACAGUCCCCUGCCCGUCUCGCGCUCUGAGGACCCCAUCCGUCCCGCGGCGCUCAGCUACGCCAACUCCAGCCCCAUAAACCCGUUCCUCAACGGCUUCCACUCGGCCGCCGCCGCCGCCGCCGCCGGCAGGGGCGUCUACUCCAACCCGGACUUGGUGUUCGCCGAGGCGGUCUCGCACCCGCCCAACCCCGCGGUGCCAGUGCACCCGGUGCCGCCGCCGCAUGCCCUGGCCGCCCACCCCCUGCCCUCCUCGCACUCGCCACACCCCCUCUUCGCCUCGCAGCAGCGGGACCCGUCCACCUUCUACCCCUGGCUAAUCCACCGCUACCGAUAUUUGGGCCACCGCUUCCAAGGGAACGACACAAGCCCCGAGAGCUUCCUUUUGCACAAUGCUCUGGCCCGAAAGCCGAAGCGGAUCCGAACCGCCUUUUCCCCGUCCCAGCUUCUGAGGCUGGAACACGCCUUCGAGAAGAACCACUACGUGGUGGGCGCCGAGAGGAAGCAACUGGCGCACAGCCUCAGCCUCACGGAAACUCAGGUAAAAGUAUGGUUUCAGAACCGAAGGACGAAGUUCAAAAGACAGAAGCUGGAGGAAGAAGGCUCAGAUUCGCAACAAAAGAAAAAAGGGACGCACCAUAUUAACCGGUGGAGAAUUGCCACCAAGCAGGCGAGUCCCGAGGAAAUAGAUGUGACCUCAGACGAUUAAAAACACACACAGAACCCCACAGAAACGGACAACACGGAGCAAAACAGAGACAGGGAGAGGAGGGGAAGAAGAAAAAAAAAACUACAAAACAAAAACAAACCCCACACACACUUUCACGGAGAAGGGGAGAGGGAGUCAGACAGAGAACAGCAGCGCGUCGCAGACUUUGGGCAGCGAGGGUGCAGGGUCCAGACCCGGGGCCGCGCCAAGAUGGCAGAGGACCGAGGCUCCUUGAUCAACAUGCAACCCCUUGUCUAAAGAGGCAGCUGAAUGCGUGUGUAGAGAGAGAGAGACAGAGAGAGAGAGAGAGAGAGAUCCAAAUGUGGCAAAGCCGAAGGGCCUCUAACAAGGGGAGCUGUUAGUCAAACGCCAAACCAGAGAGACAAGAUGAUUGGCAGGUAUUCCGUUUAUCACAGUCCAAUUUUAAAAAUGAUAAUAAUGAUGAUAAAAGAAAAAAAAAACCCAACCAGGCAGAGGACUUUUUAUUUUGCACUUCGCAGUGUUUUUUUCCCCCCAAUCUUUAAAAAUAAUUAGUAAUAAUAACUAUCGAAAUUGCAUAUCCAGCCCCAUCCCACACCUGUUCAAAAAACUUGAAUUGCAUGUAGCAGUUGUUGGGCGAAUGGUGUCUAAAGACAGAAAAUGAAAUGUAAUUUUCUUUUCCUUUUAAAGACAGGUUAUGUGUGCUUUUUAUUUGGAUUUUUUUCUUUUUUGAGAAAUGUGCAGUCUGUAAACACUUUUUGAUACCUUCUGACGUCAAAGUGAUUGUGAAAGCUAAAUUAAGUAGGCUCAGCGAUAGUGGUCCUCUUACAGAGAAAUGGGGAGUUGGAUGAGGGGCUGGGGGUGGCGGGGGAGGGCGCCCACAAGAGGAGUCAGGACUUGUGCUGAAAAAAAUAGCUGGAAAAAAAAAAACCCACCUAAAUUAAUUAUAUUUCUUGGACAUUCCCUUUCCUAACAUCCCAAGGCUUUAAAACUACGGAGUAAACUCCUUUUGGUGGUUGGAGAUAUUGGCCGAGUUCAACCAUUCACUGUAAAGGUCAUUCCAAACUUUAAAUCUAUCUAUUGCAAAAACCGAAGGACUGUAGUUAACGGGGAUGAUGUUAAGUGUGGCCAAGGACACGGCGGCAAGUUUUCAAGCACUGAGUUUCUAUUCCAAGAUCAUAGACUUACUAAAGAGAGUGACAAAUGCUUCCUUAAUGUCUUCUAUACCAGAAUGUAAAUAUUUUUGUGUUUUGUGUUAAUUUGUUAGAAUUCUAACACACUAUAUACUUCCAAGAAGUAUGUCAAUGUCAAUAUUUUGUCAAUAAAGAUUUAUCAAUAUGCCCUCAGA